AUGUUUGUUGGCUGCAUAAAUGUCUUCUUUUGAGAAGUGCCUGUUCAUAUCCUUCACCCACUUUUUGAUGGGGUUGUUUUUUUCUUGUACUUUUUUUUAUGUUCUUUAUAGAUUCUGGGUAUUAGCCCUUUGUCAGAAGGACAGAUUGCAAAAAUUUUCUCCCAUUCUAUAGGUUGCCUCAAACAGAGGAAUCUUUAAAAUGUAUGUCAGAACCUGCCACUCCUGGACUCUAAAUCUUCUGCUGGUUUCUUAUUUCAGUCAGAGGAAAAUUGACAAGUUCUUAUAAGAUCCGACCUCUUCUCUGAUUCCGUCCCCUAACUCCACUCCAGGUCUUCCUCACAUUUUCCAGGCACAUCAGGAUCUUUAAAUUUGUACUUGCUGUUCUCUCUCUCUCCAAAAUACUCUUUCCCCAGACAACAAGUGUCUUGCUUCUUCACCCCCUUUAGAUUUCUGCAUGAAGAUCACUAUCAGGGAGGCCUUUUUUGAUCAUUCUAUAAAAAAGAAAAUCACUCCCCAGUGUCUCUCUGUUUCCCUUAUCUUAGUUAUUUUUCCUUCAAGACAAUAUCACUGCCUGAUAUUGGUCCCCACCCAAAUCUCAUCUCGAACUGUAGCUCCCAUAAUUCCCACAUGUUGUGGGAGGUACCUGGUGGGAAGUAAUUGAAUCAUGGGGGCGGGUCUUUCCCAUGCUGUUCUCAUGAUAGUGAAUAAGUCUCAUGAGAUCUGGUGGUUUUAUAAAGGGGAGUUUCCCUGCACAUGCUCUCUUGCCUGCUGCCACAUAAGACAUGACUUUGCUCCUCAUUUGCCUUCCACCAUGAUUGUGAGGCCUCCCCAGGCAUGUGGAAUUGUGAGUCAUAACAUAUAAACGUAUUGUUUUGUUUGCAGUCUCUCUUUUCUUACCCUCUCUCUAGAAUAUAAGCUAUGUAGAAACAGAAAUCUCUUCUGUUCACUGCUACUUCCCCAGUGCCUAGAAAAGUUUCUGGCAGAAUAGGUACUUAAUAAAUAUCUUGAAUAAUGAAUAUCGUAAAAUCUUAGUACUCCAACUACCUCUGUUCUACGUCUAAUCCAACCACGUGAAGCCUGGCACAUCUCCCAAAGUCCUCAGAAUUCUAUAUCCUUCAAUUUCCUCAUCUAUCAAAUGGGAGUAGUAGUACUUCCCUCACAGAGUAUGGUGAUAAAUAAAUGAGAUAAUAUACAUGAAGCAAUUAGUAUGUAUCUUGGCACAUUGAAAUCUAACCCGAAAGCUUUGAUUCUAUGCCAUAACAGAAUUCAGCAGCUGAAUAUCAAGACCUUUUAAUUCAACAAGAAGUUAAGACAUUUAUAGUUGUCUAACAACAGACUGAAGAUUGUAGCUUGGUAUUCACUGGCAGGUUUCAGACAUUUAGAUCUUUCUUUUAAUGACUAACACCAUGCCUAUCUGUGGAGAAGCUGGCAACAUGUCACACCUGGAAAUUGUUUUUCAACAUUAAUACUAUUAUUUGGCAGUAAUCCAGAUUGCUUUUGCCACCAACCUGAAGACAUAUAGAGGCAGAAGGACAGGAAUAAUUCUAUUUGUUUCCUGUUUUGAAACUUCCAUCUGUAAGGUAAGUGUUGAAAGUCAGAUAGUGGCUCCAGGGACUUUCUAUAUCCAAAAAUACAAAAAUUGAGGGGUAACUCCUUGAUAUCAAGUCAAAGGCUCACAAUGUCUGGUAAUAAAACAAAUUACUUUCAAUUUUCUUGAAAUCUUCAGGCUAUCAAAAGGAGAUGUGAGAGAGGGUAUUGAGUAUGGCCUGACAAUGCAGUUCUUAAACCAAAGGGCCAUUAUGCUUCUCCUCUCUGAGAAUCCUCACUUACCUCAACAACGGAGACAUGGCACAGUAGCCAGCUUGGAGACUUCUCAGCCAAUGCUCUGAGAUCAAGUCGAAGACCCAAUAUACAGGGUUUUGAGCUCAUCUUCAUCAUUCGUAUGAGGAAAUCAGUGGUAAAAUCCUUGGAAAUACAAUGAGACUCAUCAGAAACAUUUACAUAUUUUGUAGUAUUGUUAUGACAGUAGAGGGUGAUGCUCCAGAGCUGCCAGAAGAAAGGGAACUGAUGACCAACUGCUCCAACAUGUCUCUAAGAAAGGUUCCCGCAGACUUGACCCCAGCCACAACAACACUGGAUUUAUCCUAUAACCUCCUUUUUCAACUCCAGAGUUCAGAUUUUCAUUCUGUCUCCAAACUGAGAGUUUUGAUUCUAUGCCAUAACAGAAUUCAACAGCUGGAUCUCAAAACCUUUGAAUUCAACAAGGAGUUAAGAUAUUUAGAUUUGUCUAAUAACAGACUGAAGAGUGUAACUUGGUAUUUACUGGCAGGUCUCAGGUAUUUAGAUCUUUCUUUUAAUGACUUUGACACCAUGCCUAUCUGUGAGGAAGCUGGCAACAUGUCACACCUGGAAAUCCUAGGUUUGAGUGGGGCAAAAAUACAAAAAUCAGAUUUCCAGAAAAUUGCUCAUCUGCAUCUAAAUACUGUCUUCUUAGGAUUCAGAACUCUUUCUCAUUAUGAAGAAGGUAGCCUGCCCAUCUUAAACACAACAAAACUGCACAUUGUUUUACCAAUGGACACAAAUUUCUGGGUUCUUUUGCGUGAUGGAAUCAAGACUUCAAAAAUAUUAGAAAUGACAAAUAUAGAUGGCAAAAGCCAAUUUGUAAGUUAUGAAAUGCAACGAAAUCUUAGUUUAGAAAAUGCUAAGACAUCGAUUCUAUUACUUAAUAAAGUUGAUUUACUCUGGGACGACCUUUUCCUUAUCUUACAAUUUGUUUGGCAUACAUCAGUGGAACACUUUCAGAUCCGAAAUGUGACUUUUGGUGGUAAGGCUUAUCUUGACCACAAUUCAUUUGACUACUCAAAUACUGUAAUGAGAACUAUAAAAUUGGAGCAUGUACAUUUCAGAGUGUUUUACAUUCAACAGGAUAAAAUCUAUUUGCUUUUGACCAAAAUGGACAUAGAAAACCUGACAAUAUCAAAUGCACAAAUGCCACACAUGCUUUUCCCUAAUUAUCCUACGAAAUUCCAAUAUUUAAAUUUUGCCAAUAAUAUCUUAACAGACGAGUUGUUUAAAAGAACUAUCCAACUGCCUCACUUGAAAACUCUCAUUUUGAAUGGCAAUAAACUGGAGACACUUUCUUUAGUGAGUUGCUUUGCUAACAACACACCCUUGGAACACUUGGAUCUGAGUCAAAAUCUAUUACAACAUAAAAAUGAUGAAAAUUGCUCAUGGCCAGAAACUGUGGUCAAUAUGAAUCUGUCAUACAAUAAAUUGUCUGAUUCUGUCUUCAGGUGCUUGCCCAAAAGUAUUCAAAUACUUGACCUAAAUAAUAACAAAAUCCAAACUGUACCUAAAGAGACUAUUCAUCUGAUGGCCUUACGAGAACUAAAUAUUGCAUUUAACUUUCUAACUGAUCUCCCUGGGUGCAGUCAUUUCAGUAGACUUUCGAUUCUGAACAUUGAAAUGAACUUCAUUCUCAGCCCAUCUCUGGAUUUUGUUCAGAGCUGCCAAGAAGUUAAGACUCUAAAUGCGGGAAGAAAUCCAUUCCGGUGUACCUGUGAAUUAAAAAAUUUCAUUCAGCUUGAAACAUAUUCAGAGGUCAUGAUGGUUGGAUGGUCAGAUUCAUACACCUGUGAAUACCCUUUAAACCUAAGGGGAACUCGGUUAAAAGACGUUCAUCUCCACGAAUUAUCUUGCAACACAGCUCUGUUGAUUGUCACCAUUGUGGUUAUUAUGCUAGUUCUGGGGUUGGCUGUGGCCUUCUGCUGUCUCCACUUUGAUCUGCCCUGGUAUCUCAGGAUGCUAGGUCAAUGCACACAAACAUGGCACAGGGUUAGGAAAACAACCCAAGAACAACUCAAGAGAAAUGUCCGAUUCCACGCAUUUAUUUCAUACAGUGAACAUGAUUCUCUGUGGGUGAAGAAUGAAUUGAUCCCCAAUCUAGAGAAGGAAGAUGGUUCUAUCUUGAUUUGCCUUUAUGAAAGCUACUUUGACCCUGGCAAAAGCAUUAGUGAAAAUAUUGUAAGCUUCAUUGAGAAAAGCUAUAAGUCCAUCUUUGUUUUGUCUCCCAACUUUGUCCAGAAUGAGUGGUGCCAUUAUGAAUUCUACUUUGCCCACCACAAUCUCUUCCAUGAAAAUUCUGAUCAUAUAAUUCUUAUCUUACUGGAACCCAUUCCAUUCUACUGCAUUCCCACCAGGUAUCAUAAACUGAAAGCUCUCCUGGAAAAAAAAGCAUACUUGGAAUGGCCCAAGGAUAGGCGUAAAUGUGGGCUUUUCUGGGCAAACCUUCGAGCUGCUAUUAAUGUUAAUGUAUCAGCCACCAGAGAAAUGUAUGAACUGCAGACAUUCACAGAGUUAAAUGAAGAGUCUCGAGGUUCUACAAUCUCUCUGAUGAGAACAGACUGCCUAUAAAAUCCCACAGUCCUUGGGAAGUUGGGGACCACAUACACUCUUGGGAUGUACAUUGAUACAACCUUUAUGAUGGCAAUUUGACAAUAUUUAUUAAAAUAAAAAAUGGUUAUUCCCUUCAUAUCAGUUUCUAGAAGGAUUUCUAAGAAUGUAUCCUAUAGAAACACCUUCACAAGUUUAUAAGGGCUUAUGGAAAAAGGUGUUCAUCCCAGGAUUGUUUAUAAUCAUGAAAAAUGUGGCCAGGUGCAGUGGCUCACGCUUGUAAUCCCAGCACUGUGGGAGGCCAAGGUGGGUGAACCACGAGGUCAAGAGAUGGAGACCAUCCUGGCCAACAAGGUGAAACCCUGUCUCUACUAAAAAUACAAAAAUUAGCUGGGCGUGGUGGUGCACGCCUGUAGUCCCAGCUACUUGGGAGGCUGAGGCAGGAGAAUCGCUUGAACCUGGGAGGUGGCAGUUGCAGUGAGCUGAGAUCGAGCCACUGCACUGCAGCCUGGUGACAGAGCAAGACUCUAUCUCAAAAAAAAAAAAAAAAGAAAAAAAGAAAAAAAUGGAAAACAUCCUCAUGGCCACAAAAUAAGGUCUAAUUCAAUAAAUUAUAGUACAUUAAUGUAAUAUAAUAUUACAUACCACUAAAAAGAAUAAGGUAGCUGUACAUUUCCUGGUAUGGAAAAAACAUAUUAAUAUGUUAUAAACUAUUAGGUUGGUGCAAAACUAACUGUGGUUUUUGCCAUUGAAAUGGCAUUGAAAUAAAAGUGUAAAGAAAUCUAUACCAGAUGUAGUAACAGUGGUUUGGGUCUGGGAGGUUGGAUUACAGGGAGCAUUUGAUUUCUAUGUUGUGUAUUUCUAUAAUGUUUGAAUUGUUUAGAAUGAAUCUGUAUUUCUUUUAUAAGUAGAAAAAAAAUAAAGAUAGUUUUUAAAGCCUA